AGAAGAAGGAAUCCUACUCCAAUAAGGAGUUGGAAGAAGGAAUCCUACUACAAUAAGGAGUCGGAAAUUCUCCUUGAGUUCUAUUCAAAUUAUGAGAUAGCAAUUUUGUUUGUUUCUUCUUCCUGAUUGGUCAUGAAUAGGUGUCGGAACCGGGAGCAUCCCAUUGAAACAUGGGAAGAGAUGAAGGCAGUGAUGAGGAAGCGAUUUGUGCCUAGCCAUUAUCACCAGGAAUUGUACAAAGAGUUGCAAGGGCUUAGGAAAGGACAUCGGAGCGUGGAGGAGUAUUAUCAAGAGAUGGAGAAAGCCAUGAUUAGAGCCAAUGUAGAAGAAGAUCGAGAGGCAACCAUGGUGAGAUUCUUGCAAGGAUUGAAUCCAAACAUCCAUGACCGGGUGGAGAUGCAACAUUAUGUGGAGCUAGAAGACAGGGUGCACAUGGCCAUCAUCAUAGAGCGACAACUCAAGAAGAGGGGAGGUAGGGGUCACAUAAUGAGUCAAUGUCCAAACAAGCGAGUUAUGGUGAUGCGAGAUAGUGGUGAAAUUGUGAUCGAAGAUGAAGAUUCUAACACCGAUGAAAUGCCACCAUUGGAGGGCGGCUAUAAGGAGGAGUUUGUUGUACAUGGAGAUUUGUUGGUGGCAAUGAGGGCUUUAUGUGUGCAAGAAAAAGAUGUGGAUGAAGUGCAAUGAGAGAACAUCUUUCACACUAGGUGCUAUGUCAGAGAUAAGAUGGUACUUGAGGUUUUGAGAAAAGAAAAGUUGUUUGCUAACCUUAAAAAGUGUUCUUUUUGUACAAAUUAGAUUGUCUUUUUAGGGUUUGUUAUUGUUUACACCAUAAAUUGCAAAUUUUUAA